CAAAACCGCGCCCUACAACGGACGUGAUUGCAGAUAUCAUUUUUCUGAUGGAUUCCUCCCAAACUGUCACGCUAGAAGCUUAUCGACAAGAGAAAGCCUUUGUCAAGGAAAUGGCUAAGCACUUAAACGUGUAUCCUGGCGAGUCACGGGCCGCUCUUAUUACCUACGGUUCCACGGCUUACAGGGUUGAUACUUUCGGAAACACGCGAUUUGAGGACUCGGUUGACCGAGCCCGAUCCAUGGGCGGUGCCCGAAGAAUAGACCUGGCUUUACAAAAGGCGGCACAGCUGUUGACCUUCGCUAGACUGUCCAUUCCUAAACUUCUGGUGCUGUUAACGGCGGGAAACCAGCAGUCAGGACCCCAGUCUCCAGACUAUGCUACCAGGUUGAUCCAGGCUCGUGGUGGGAGAUCGUUUGUUGUCAUGGUUGGUCGAGGACCAGAUGAAAAUGAAUUUAAUAAAAUAGUAGAGAAACCUACAGACACGUUCAGAGUUCCUCCAUUUGAUAGGAUCCAGCCCUAUGCUGCUCCGUUGUCAAAGGGUAUCGAAAAGAGCCUAAAGGAAGGUCCUAAACCACGAAACGUCAUCGCGGAUAUAGUUUUUGUAAUGGAUUCUUCUUCCGCUGUGCCUCUUGAAGAUUACAAAAAGGAGAAGGAAUUCGUCAAAUAUCUCGCGAGAUAUCUCAACGUUUCGCCCGGGAACUCUCGCGCAGCGCUCAUAACAUACGGCAACAGGGCAGCUGGGGUGAUCGGCUUCGACAUCAAUCGACCUUUUUCAAACUUUGAGGUAGCAGUGGACAGAGCUCCAUUUGUUGGCGGUGACAGACGGAUUGACCGAUCUCUCGACAAGACCUCUCAAAUCAUGGCCGACGCCAGACCAAGGAUUACGAAGAUUGUCGUGUUGUUGACCUCCGGAAAGCAAGCCUCGGUAUUUGGCAGUAAGUCUCCCGGUGAGGCAGCAAUCCCGCUUCUGAAAGGUGGAGUUUACAGCUAUGUCGUGGCGAUAAGUCUAAAGCCUGACAUCUCCGAGCUUCGUCCUGUGGUACAAGAAUCAUCGCAUAUUUUCAGGAUGGCUUCGUUUGAUGAUUUGAGAACUCGAUGGACCACAGUUGGGGAAAUUAUCGUCGAUACGUCGAACAGGACUACUGGCAUAAUCAAAACCCUCCGAGCUGCUAUAGUCUUUCUCGUGGACACGUCGUCAUUCGUCGGAAGCUUAGGAUUCAGGAGCCAAAAAGAGUUUGUAAAAUCCAUGGCGGGCUCAUUCAAUCUCGGCGAGGGAAAUUCUCAAGCGGCCAUAAUAACAUAUGGUUUCACCUCCUCACAACCACGUCCCUCUGACAUCCACGACAAUUUGCCUGCAUUUGAACGAGCCGUUGAUGACGCCCUAUACAUUGGGGGUUCUCGAAGGCUGCGUUAUGCCGUUGACAGGGCAGAAACGUUGUUAAGAACAGUAAGACCCGAGGUUCAGAAGAUUGUUAUUAUGCUGACGAGCGGAAAGCAGUCUGAACCCCAAGACGUGCCAUUCCUGAAGGAAUCCUUUAAGACGCUUCGUGCUUCGUGUAUCAAGGUGUUUGCCGUCGCCAUUGGGAAAGAUUACGACAAGGAGGAGUUACUUCCAGCGGUUCAGCGUUCUGAGGACAUCUUUACAGUUGCUACAUUUGGAAGUCUGGCACAGCAGGCUCAGCCAGUGUCCAAAGCAAUUACAGAACGAUCAGAUCCGACAGGACCAUGUGGUUUCCAAGGUGAUGUCCUGUUUAUCAUGGACUCUUCCGCUGAAGUCUCUCGUGGAGACUACGCAAAAGAGAAAGAUUUUGUUGAGUCCCUAGCGAGUUUCUUAAGGCUGUCUCCAGGCGGCACGCGGGCUGCCCUCCUGACCUAUGGUUACACUGCAACACUCGUCGCUAACUAUGACAGCUAUGAGACACUUACACCUUUCAAGAAUGCUGUGCAGAGAGCUCCGUACAUUAGCGGCUCAAGACGUAUUGACAAGGUCCUUAACUACGCUUCGCAGUUGAUUGCAAAUACCAGGGAUCUGUUCCCAAAAAUCGUGGUACUGCUCACAGCAGGUCGAAGGGGUUCUGAACAACCCUUGGAAUUAGUUGUAAAACCGCUGCAAGAACAUGGGGCUAAGACGUACGUUGUAGCCAUAGGCGACAGACCGGAUGUAAAUGAGCUUUUACCAAUCGUAAAAGACGAGAGGUUUGUAAUUAAGAUCUCCUCGUUUGAUGAUCUUCCUGGAAGAGCAUUGCAAGUUGCUCAAACACUUGGCAACCAAUCAGAUCCAGAAUUACCAGAUGAAUUUCCAGAAGCUGAUGUUCUCUUCCUGGUGGAUUCGUCUUCCGACAUUUCACCCAACGACUUUGAAAUGGAGAAAGCCCUUGUGAAGGCGCUGAUCCAGACUUUUAAUUCUCUUCCAAAUAAAUCUCGCACGGCAUUCAUAACAUAUGGCAAUAGCCCACAAGUGAUAUACGAGCUUGAGAACGAUCUGAGUAGUGAUGCACUGCAGAAAAAGAUUGACUGGGUGCUACCAGUGGGAGGAGGAAGACGAAUUGACCGCGCCCUUGAAGAAGGAGCGCAGCUCAUGAACGCCUCUGGACAGUCCGUGCCUAAAAUUGUACUCCUCAUUACAGCAGGUCGACAGAUCGAGGAAACCGGAGUGCAGCCGCUGUACUUGAUUGGCAGAACACUUCGAAGUAUCGGAGCAGAUACAUUUGUGCUGGGAAUAGGGGAAAAUGUUUCCAGUCAGGAGCUGAGACAAGUUGUUGAAAGUAGACAAAAUGUCUUCUUGGUAGAGUCAUUUAAGAGCCUAACAUCAAUCAAGCCUCAACUGACUUAUGAAAUCGUCCAAAGGACCGUCGAUGGUCUAAUUGAAACGGAUGUUGUAUUCGUCAUGGAUUCGUCGUCGGAGGUCACUCAGAACAACUACAGAGAUCAAAAGGAAGUGGUCAAGUCUAUGGCGCAUUCCAUGAAAGUUCCCUCGGGCCGAUCCAGAGCAUCUGUUAUAACAUACGGUAACAUUCCAACCCUUGUGGUCAAGUUCGACGGCUAUCAAUCUUUUAAUUCUCUUGAAAAUGACAUCGAUCGGGCACCUCGGAUUGGAGGGCGCCGGCGGAUAGACCUAGCCCUGGAAAGUGCCGGAAGAGUGUUGGCAGAGGCCAGAUCUUCUGUGCGCCGAAAUGUCAUAUUGUUUACAUCCGGAAGAGGCGAUCCCUCUUCAAGAAAUUUGUACGACGCAGCAAAACGCAUAUUCAACGAAAAAGCUGACUUUUACAUCGUUGCAAUUGGCAGUAAUCCUUACUUUGAAGAACUUACUGCAGUUGUGGCGAAACCACGAGAUGUUUUCAACGUGUCGUCAUUUACUAACUUGGGGAGAGACGCUGAAAAAGUAACGACGAGCGUUAAGCAAAGACCAUCACCGAAAACUUACGCUAACUUCGCGGCAGACGUAAUAUUCUUGAUGGACUCUUCGUUUGAUGUUGAUCAAAAUACACUCGAUCGAGAGAAGAACUUCGUAAAAUCCAUGGUGCGGUCCCUGACCUUAUCGCCUGAGAAGUCUCGAGUUGCUGUUAUUGGCUUCGGUAACGUUCCUGUCGAAGUAGUUCGAUUCUCUUCAUCCCAAGACGUAGCGGCAAUUACAAGCGCAGUAGACAAUGCACGAAAAGUUAUUGGCCGGCGUAACAUUGCCAAGGUUUUAGAAUUUACUGCCUCCGUUCUCGAUAAAGCUCGCUCAUCUGUGCCGAGGGUGGUCAUCUUGCUGACUGCUGGUAGUGAACUGUAUCUCACGGCAUCCUCUCAAGCACUUAGAGAUCUUGGGACCAAUCGAUACGUUAUCGCUAUAGGGCCGAAUGCCGAUGAGGAGGAGUUGACUCCCAUCAUCGACGAACCACGUGACAUGUUUACGAUUUCAACGCCGAAGGAGCUAACCUGGAGCACUGAAUAUUUGGUCAGUGAGAUUAUAAAGAGGACAGGGGACAACUCGCCAGUAUUCAACGUUACAGCAGAUAUAGUGUUUGUAGUGGAUUCUUCGAAUGAAGUGUCAUCACAGGGCUAUACCAGCGAGAAACAGUUUGUCAAGUCAGUUGCCCGAGCCCUGAACCUGGCUCCUAAGAAAUCCCGAGUUGCUGUUAUUAUUUACAGUGACUAUGCCACCACACCUAUUAAGUUUGCUGAUUACCAAACCACGGAUCGACUUAACGACGCUGUAGACAACCUCAUUCACCUACGUAGAACGAGACGGAUGGACCGGGCUCUAUUUGAAACCGUGGAGGUUUUGAAACAAGCCAGGCCACUUGUUCCAAAACUUGUAUUCUUCUUAACUUCCGGGAGACAAGAUAUCGGAGCGCCAACGCUGGAUGCAGCUGCCAGAGCUGUAACUGAAACCGGUGCCAUGACGUAUUUAGUUGCCAUCGGGCAAAGACCAAAUCUUAGGGAGCUUCGCGUGAUAGUGGAGAAACCUGACAACAUUAUCUCAGUCACAGCGUUUGGUGAUCUACAACAACAAAGUAGAGAUAUUAGCAAGGAUAUUGCCAAAAAUCUAGGGUCUGACGUCACAGCCGAUAUAGUAUUCCUGAUAGACUCCUCCAGUAGUGUCAGCUCAGCAGACCACAAGAAAGAAAAAGAUUUCGUGGCCUCCUUGGCGAAAAACCUCAACUUUGGUUCUGGUAAGACGCGUGUAGCAGUAAUACUUUACAGUGAUUACGCCAGACAAGCUAUCAGGUUUGAUGUGGUGAGCAACCCAGAAUCUCUCCAAUCUGUACUUGAUGGUCUUCAACAGUUAAGAGGUGGAAGGAGAAUCGAUAGAGCCUUAACAAGCGCGACUCAGAUGUUUAGAGGCAGCAGACCCAAUGUCCGUCACAUACUUGUCCUGUUAACGUCUGGAGAGCAUACAUCUGAAUUGAUAAACCCCUUUGAAAUCGCUGUGCAACAGCUGAAAACGUUGAACGUGGAAAGGUUCGUUGUCGCCAUAGGAAAAGAAUCAAGUGGGAAAUAUUUGAAACCAGUUGUAGAAAGAGACGAAGAUGUCAUCUAUGUACCUACCUUCGACAGUUUGAGGUCGCAGAUUUUACGCAUUGCGGAGCAUAUUUCAAAAGCGGAGAUGGACAUACCAGAAUCGUUUCCUGCUGAUGUAGUUUUCCUCAUCGACUCCUCAUCCGACGUUAUUCUGGACAACUUUGAAAGGGAAAAGAACUUCCUUAAAUCUGUUGUUCAAUUCAUGAAAGCUGAUCAAAACGUAACUAGAGUAGCGGUUGUCACGUAUGGUUACAUAGCCAAGGAGCAAGCAAGUUUGAUUAGUCCGCAAGGUGAACUUCUUAGAGGUUUGGAUGGAGCAGAAUACGUCGGAGGAAGAAGGAGAAUCGAUCUUGCCGUUACCAAGGCUGCCGAGAUCUUGGAAGGGAGCAGAUUUUUGGUUCCAAAAGUUGCUGUUUUCUUGACGGCAGGAGUGAAUGGUGUUGGUGAAGCAGACUUACUUAGAAAUGCAUCCGGGGCGCUCCGUGACGUAGGGGGUAAUACGUAUGUUGUUGCCAUUGGUGGAGACGUUGACUUAAAGGAACUUGAGAUGAUCGUCACGAAACAAGGCGACAUUUUUAAAGUCCCCGAAUUCACUGGACUAGCACAAACGUUUGAAUCAACAGCCAAAGCUAUCAUAAGGAGGGCAGAGCGAAAACCUGAGAAAGUCUACGAUGUAGAUGCCGAUAUUGUCUUUUUGGUGGAUUCUUCUGGGAGCGUUGGGGGAGAAAACUUUGGAAAAUUAAAAGAUUUUGUGAACAACGUUGCCCGUUCUCUAAAUUUAGCUACUGCGAGGUCCAGGGUUGCCGUAAUCCUCUUCAGCUCUUACGCACGACUGGCAAUAGGAUUUAGCGGCCACUCCACUAUGCGGACAUUUAAAGAAGAUGUGGACAAACUCUCCCUUGUUGGCGGCUCGAGAAGAAUUGACCGCGCCUUGGACGCUGCCGUGACUCUGUUGAAGAACGUUCCUUCAAAUCGUCCCAAAGUCGUUAUCAUGCUAACAGCUGGAAAGCAAGAUUCUGGUUUUGGUAAUACUUUAACUAGUGCCGCGUCUCCAUUACAUGCCAUGCGAGCACAAACAUACGUUGUCGCUAUUGGUCCCGAGCCUGAUGUGCUAGAAUUACGGCCUGUUCAUCGCUUGGACUCUAAUCUCUUAGUUGUUUCCUCCUUUGCGUCACUGGAGCCUCGCACCAGGCCAAUUACCAAACAUAUAGCAGAGAGAAUAGAAACACAACCAGAGCCACCACGCGACUUUACAGCUGACAUCAUUUUUUUGAUCGAUUCCUCUUUUGGGGUGUCUGCAGACAACUUUAACAAAGAAAAAGAGUUUAUCAAGUACCUGUCAGCUGCUCUCAAUCUCGGUCCAAAAGGAUCUCGGGUAGGAAUUGUCACUUAUGCUUCCUAUUCCAGACUCAUAAGACUGGGAAUAUUGCAGACACCUGAGUCCCUGGGGAGUAGCUUGGAUGGACUUACUCGUAUUUCAGGAUUACGAAGAAUGGACCGAGCAUUGGAAAAGGCAUCCGUCGCUUUUGACAAGAACCGUCCUGAGGUGAAGAAAAUUGUGGUGCUCUUAACCGCUGGUCGACAAUCCAGGGGAGGCAAACCGUUGGCACAGGCUGUUCGGCCUCUUAAAACAAUUGGUGCCGAGACUUUCGUAGUGGCCAUUGGCUCUCAAAUCAAUGAACCUGAGUUGACGCCAAUAGUCAAAAGGAAACAGGAUAUUAUUCUGGUGCCCCGAUUCGACCAGCUCACCUCUCAAGUAAACUCUGUUGCUGAUUACAUUAUCAACGUUUUCCGAUCUAUAAUACCACCGAAAUUCAAAUCUGAUAUCCUCUUCAUCAUGGAUUCGUCCUCCCGUGUGACCGAAGAUGACUUUAUGGCGCAAAAAGACUUUGUGAAGUCAAUGAUGGCGUCGUUUAAUGUCAAACGAGGGCAAUCUAGAGCCGCGCUGAUCACCUACGGAACGAAUUCAGAGAAAGUACUCCGUUUUGAUAGCUAUCUCUCCGUGAAUUACAUCGAAAGUGCAGUGGAUACAGCAACAAGUGUUGGCGGAACAGCCCGAAUUGACAAAGCACUUGUUGAUGCCAGUGAUGUUCUGAGAGACGCUAAUCCGUCGAUUCCUAGGAUUGUCGUUUUGCUUGCUGCAACUGGCAAAGAAGAAGAUCCUCAAAAAGAAUCGAUCAAAGCUGCCGCUGAGAGGAUUCACGGCCUGGGAGCAAGAGUGUACGUCCUUGCAGUUGGAAGGGAGCCAAAUGUUGAAAUAUUAGGGCAUGUCGCUGAUCAUCCACAAGAUGUUUUCAAAAUCUCAACCUUUAAAGAUCUGAGGCUGAACAGUGAUUCCAUAACAGAGACGAUUUACACCAGAGUCGUUCUACCCAAACCAGUACAACCAAUGAAAUUUGAAGCUGACAUUGUGUUUAUUGUGGACUCUUCUUCUGAAGUAAGUCGAGAAAACUACAACAAAGAGAAAGCUUUCAUCAAGUCUUUGGCCAAAACCCUUAACCUUUCCCCAGGGAAAACUCGAGCAUCUGUGGUCGUCUACAGUGGAGUAGCGAGUCUCGAGAUAAGAUUCAACGCUUACUAUAAUUCCACGAUAUUUGAUAAAGCAGUGGAUGACUUGCCAUAUCUUGGCUCCGUACGCAGAAUGGACUUAGGAUUACGAGAAGGCGCUGUUGCAAUGAAAGACGCGCGACCAAAUGUUCGUAGGGUUGUUGUUCUGUUGACAACAGGGCGUCAGAGCCAAUCAAGUAAUUUAUUGCCUCAAGCUGUAAAACCACUUCAGGAGCUUAGCGCCAAUAUAUAUGUCGUUGCAAUAGGUUCGCAACCGAAUGACCAAGAACUACGGCUUGUUGUUGAGGAGCCUAGUGACGUGUUAAAGGUGUCGAGGUUUGAUGACCUUACGCCACAGACGAGACCAAUUGCGAGGCAUAUUGUGAACAAAACCGAUUAUCCAUCUGCUGAGGGAGAUCUAGUACACGUCGUAUUCCUUUUGGAUACCUCCUCUGGCGUCAGUCGCCGAGACUUUGGAAAAGAGAAAGAGUUCGUGAAGUCAAUGGUGCGGUCACUUGAUGCCCCUCUUAAAGAAUCAAAGAUGGCGGCAAUUCCGUACGGCGCUUUCCCCGUGACGUCAGGAACAUUAAAGAGCUACCAGUCCUUGAAUGAAUUUGAUAGAGAUGUCGAUGCGUUACAGGUUGUAAGUGGCCAACGAAGAAUGGAUGAAGCUUUGAACGGUGCUACUAAUAUGCUUCGACGAGAGAAGUCACCAGCCCGUAGUAUCGUUAUUUUGUUGACUGCAGGUAGACAAGCCCAACUGUAUCGAGGCCGUCUUGUGAGGGAUUCCAGCAAAGAACUGAGGAACGUGAGUGCAGAAAUUUAUGUGAUAACCAUUGGAAGUGAAGCGAGCUUUGACGGGUUAAGGCCCAUUGUUGCAGAACCCGAAGAUAUUUAUCAAGUUGGUUCGUUCGAUUAUCUUCAGAGGGAAGCGCAGCCAAUCGGGAGGGAUAUCGGUAGUGGUGCAAAUAGACCGUUGGACGUAACAGCUGAUAUUGUCUUCAUGGUAGACUCCUCGGCUUCCGUCGGAAACGCAAAUUAUAAAAAAGAGAAGGAGUUCGUUAAAUCGUUAGCACGACUGGUUAAUGUCACUUCUGAAAAAUCGAGAGUAGCUGUUAUCGCGUACAGCAGAUCAACCAUUCCUGUUGUACGAUUUGAUGGUUACCAGUCAUUAGAUGAUUUGGACAAGAAGGUAGACGACAUGCCUUUGCUUGGUGAAUCUUACAGGCGCAUGGAUGUUGCCUUGCAGUCCGCUGCUCAAAUAUUAAACUCUGCUAGACAACAUACUCCAAAGAUCGCAGUGCUAUUGACUGCUGGAAGGCAAAUACCUGGCGGGGUUUCACUCGACACCGCGACCCAACCGCUGCGAAAUUUAAAUGUCACCGUAAUUGUGGUAGCUGUGGGGCAACAAUACGACAAACAGGAGCUAGACCCUGUUGUUUCUGAGAAGAAAGAUUUAUUCGAAAUAGAGUCUUUCAAUGUACUCUUGUUACGUGCUAGGACGAUUGGAAAAGCAAUAGAGGAAAAGUCAGCUCCAAAACCAGAGAACAUAAUAGCCGAUGUUGUUGUCUUGGUUGACUCCUCUGAUUCUGUGACGUCACUCAACUUCCAAUUGGAAAAGAAAUUUGUGAAGGCCAUUGCCAGGUCUUUAAACGUGGCGCCUGAUAGGUCUAGAACCUCUGUCAUUUUCUACGGUUCCAAAUAUUACACCGUGCUGACGCUGGAUGAGGCCACCAACCUGGACGGUUUGAAGCGUGCUGUAGAAAGUGCUAGUUAUGUCGAUGGACCGCGCAGGAUGGACCUAGCUUUGGAGGCAGCAGCAUCGGUAAUGAACCUGGCAACCAGGGAUGUGCCAAAGAUCGUGAUCCUUUUGACAGCUGGAAAACAGGCCUCUACUAAUACCCCAUUCCCCUUUAGAAACGCGGUAAAAGCCCUCACUGAUCUCGGGGCUCAGACUUACGUCGUUGCCAUCAGCAGUAAGCCUGACAAGCAGGAACUCGUUACUUUGGUGGGUGAUCGAGACGACAUAUUUGAAGUGCCACAGUUUGAAGCACUAUUGCCUCAAACAACGCAGAUCUCGAAGUCAAUUGCUGAAAAAUCAGUGCAACAGCCACUAGACUUCGACGCUGACAUCGUGUUCUUGAUGGACGCCUCCAGUUUUGUAACUCAACGCAACUUGGUUGAUGAGAAGGACUUUGUCAAAUCGUUGGCCAAGUUCCUAAAUGUUUCUCCGGGGACCUCAAGAGCUGCUUUGGUUCUCUACGGAACAUUUUCUAUCACAGAAAUGCGGUUUAAUGACUCCCGUUCUUUACGCGACUUCAGUGACGGUGUAGACCUGGCACAGGCAGUUGGGGGUUUGCGGCGAAUGGAUAUCGCUUUAAAAGAGGCCACUAAUUUGCUGGCUGACAAAAGGCGGGGCAUGCCGCAUGUUGUUGUCCUUGUUACAACGGGAGAACAAUCAUCCAGUGUAGACGGCAUUCCUCUUGAUGACGCGCUUAAGCCUUUGGAAAACCUAGGAGUUCACACGUUUGUGGUUGCGAUUGGACAUGAUCCAGAUACUUCAACAAAUAUCCUGCGUGUACCUUCAUUUAAGGCCCUCCCAUCUCGAGCGUACGACAUGGCAAAACAAAUCAAGAUCAUCAGUGAGCCAAAACCAGCAAACAUCACUGGCGACAUUGUAUUUCUACUGGAUUCUUCAACCUCAGUUGGUCGAGACGGCUUUAAUAAGGAAAAAGAUUUUGUGAAAUCCUUGGCAAAGUAUUUCAACGUUUCACCAGGAAUCUCCAGAGCUGCUGUUGUCGCCUACAGCAACUUUGCGCGCACCAUUCUGAAGUUCAUUGAUUACCAAUCCGAAACAGACUUUAAUGACAAGCUUGAUACGGAGCCGUGGUAUGGAGGCAGCCGACGUAUAGAUCGUGCCUUGGAAGCAGCAUCUACAUUGCUGAGUCAAGCACGUCCAAACGUUCCGAAAAUCGUUGUCCUUGUCACAGCGGGACUGCAAACUGCCAGUGCCGGUGCUAAGCCAUUGGGAGAAGCUGCCCGACCACUCAAAAAUAUGGGAGCGAAGACUGUUGUUGUUACGGUGGGACGAGAGGCAGAUUUCAAGGAUUCCCUUCCAGUUGUCAACAGUAAAAGCGACUUGUUUGUUGUGAAACUAUUCGAUGACCUUCACUACGAGGUUCAGCCGAUUGUUAACCACGUGGUUAAACAUUUUGGUGAGUUGAACGAACUUCUAAGCAUGUUUCUAACUAUACGGUCCUUAUUAACAUUUACGAAAUGUAAAGCUCCAAAACCAGAGAACAUAAUAGCCGAUGUUGUUGUCUUGGUUGACUCCUCUGAUUCUGUGACGUCACUCAACUUCCAAUUGGAAAAGAAAUUUGUGAAGGCCAUUGCCAGGUCUUUAAACGUGGCGCCUGAUAGGUCUAGAACCUCUGUCAUUUUCUACGGUUCCAAAUAUUACACCGUGCUGACGCUGGAUGAGGCCACCAACCUGGACGGUUUGAAGCGUGCUGUAGAAAGUGCUAGUUAUGUCGAUGGACCGCGCAGGAUGGACCUAGCUUUGGAGGCAGCAGCAUCGGUAAUGAACCUGGCAACCAGGGAUGUGCCAAAGAUCGUGAUCCUUUUGACAGCUGGAAAACAGGCCUCUACUAAUACCCCAUUCCCCUUUAGAAACGCGGUAAAAGCCCUCACUGAUCUCGGGGCUCAGACUUACGUCGUUGCCAUCAGCAGUAAGCCUGACAAGCAGGAACUCGUUACUUUGGUGGGUGAUCGAGACGACAUAUUUGAAGUGCCACAGUUUGAAGCACUAUUGCCUCAAACAACGCAGAUCUCGAAGUCAAUUGCUGAAAAAUCAGUGCAACAGCCACUAGACUUCGACGCUGACAUCGUGUUCUUGAUGGACGCCUCCAGUUUUGUAACUCAACGCAACUUGGUUGAUGAGAAGGACUUUGUCAAAUCGUUGGCCAAGUUCCUAAAUGUUUCUCCGGGGACCUCAAGAGCUGCUUUGGUUCUCUACGGAACAUUUUCUAUCACAGAAAUGCGGUUUAAUGACUCCCGUUCUUUACGCGACUUCAGUGACGGUGUAGACCUGGCACAGGCAGUUGGGGGUUUGCGGCGAAUGGAUAUCGCUUUAAAAGAGGCCACUAAUUUGCUGGCUGACAAAAGGCGGGGCAUGCCGCAUGUUGUUGUCCUUGUUACAACGGGAGAACAAUCAUCCAGUGUAGACGGCAUUCCUCUUGAUGACGCGCUUAAGCCUUUGGAAAACCUAGGAGUUCACACGUUUGUGGUUGCGAUUGGACAUGAUCCAGAUACUUCAACAAAUAUCCUGCGUGUACCUUCAUUUAAGGCCCUCCCAUCUCGAGCGUACGACAUGGCAAAACAAAUCAAGAUCAUCAGUGAGCCAAAACCAGCAAACAUCACUGGCGACAUUGUAUUUCUACUGGAUUCUUCAACCUCAGUUGGUCGAGACGGCUUUAAUAAGGAAAAAGAUUUUGUGAAAUCCUUGGCAAAGUAUUUCAACGUUUCACCAGGAAACUCCAGAGCUGCUGUUGUCGCCUACAGCAACUUUGCGCGCACCAUUCUGAAGUUCAUUGAUUACCAAUCCGAAACAGACUUUAAUGACAAGCUUGAUACGGAGCCGUGGUAUGGAGGCAGCCGACGUAUAGAUCGUGCCUUGGAAGCAGCAUCUACAUUGCUGAGUCAAGCACGUCCAAACGUUCCGAAAAUCGUUGUCCUUGUCACAGCGGGACUGCAAACUGCCAGUGCCGGUGCUAAGCCAUUGGGAGAAGCUGCCCGACCACUCAAAAAUAUGGGAGCGAAGACUGUUGUUGUUACGGUGGGACGAGAGGCAGAUUUCAAGGAUUCCCUUCCAGUUGUCAACAGUAAAAGCGACUUGUUUGUUGUGAAACUAUUCGAUGACCUUCACUACGAGGUUCAGCCGAUUGUUAACCACGUGGUUAAACAUUUUGAAUCGCCCGUACCCAUUCAUAACAUUACUACGGAAGUGAUAUUUAUAUUGGACGCUUCAACACCGGUUGGAAGGGAAAACUUUGACAAAGAAAAGGAAUUUGUUAAAUAUUUGGCCAGGUCCCUAAGCGUUUCUCCUGGAAAAUCACGAGCAGCGCUAAUAACGUACAGCACGAACCCAUCCACAGUCAUACAGCUGGGCGAUUAUAGCACUGUUCAAGAUUUAGAACGCCUCUUAGAUGACAUCCAAUUUUAUGGAGGUGACCGAAGAAUGGAUCGAGCAUUGAAAGAAGCGGUCGGUUUGUUCAAGAAAGCAAGACCUGACGUUGAUAGAAAGGUCAUCCUGCUAACGGCUGGGAGACAGACACCAGGUGACGACGAAGAACCAUUAGAUAAAGUAAAGAAAAUACUCCUUGAUGUAGGGGCUCUGCCAUUCAUCGUUGCCAUAGGGACGGACCAUGACAUCCCAACACUUACAACAGCUGUUGAAGACGCGAAAGACAUGUUUAAAGUACAAUCAUUCGACGUUUUACUGUCUCAAGUAUCUUCAAUAGCCUCAGUAGUAGCAAGCAGAACAACAGCUACUCCAUCUUUGAAAGACUACUACAUCGUUUUCCUUGUGGACUCUUCAUCCGCCGUUCAACAAGAACAGUUUAAAAAAGAAAAGGAAUUCAUUAAAACGUUGGCAGAGUAUUUACACUUUGGAAGCGCAGACAAAACGAAGGCAGCUGUUAUCAACUACGGGAGCUUUCCUUCGGUAAGUGCCAAAUUUGACGAGUACUCGUCUCUUAAAGGUUUUAAAGGCGGUAUUGAACGGAUGACCCCGGCUCAAGGAAGUAGAAGAAUUGAUCGUGCCCUCGAUAAAGCGGCGGAUCUUCUGAGACCAACUGAUCCUUUGUCUUCGAGAAUUCUUGUGCUUCUGACUACGGGAAGGCAGGCCCAGGAAUCUGAUGUUACACCACUUGAUGUGUCCAUUCAGCCAAUUAAAGACAUGGGCUCCGAAAUGUACGUGGUCGCUGUCGGCAAUGAGCCAAGCACACAAGAGCUACGUCCAUUAGUCACAAAGCUGGAGGACAUGUUCCGAGUGCCUUUUAUUGCUAUGGAACAUGAUGUAUGGCGUAUCGCCAAACACAUCCGAGAUGAUAAUGAUAUUGAGAGCCCUACACAUGACUUUGUGUUUUUGAUGGACUCGUCAUCCGAUCUUGGUGCGCCUGACUUUUAUCAAGAAAUCGUCUUCGUGAAAUCGUUAGCGAGGAAGCUGAAUACGGACGUAUCGCCAUCGGAAUUUCAGGCUGCAGUUAUCGCAUAUGGCGAAAACAAUUACCCAGUGGUGCUUUUUGAUAGUUAUAAUUCCAUGCCCGAGUUUUACUCCGCGGUUGACUCGAGUCGUUAUCAAGGUGGAGCGAGGAGAAUGGAUCGAGCUCUUGACGCGGCAUCUAAGAUGAUGUCAUCAAGAGAGCCAACGUCCAAGAAAACGGUCGUCCUCCUCACCGGCGGUCAAAAUUCCCAGAAAGCUGGACUCGACGCUAUUGACCGUUCAGUUCAACGAUUAAAACAAAUGGGAGCAAAUAUUAUUAUCGUGGCAUUCGGCAAAAAAUACGACGUUCAGGAGCUUCUACCAGCUGUUCAGCAGGAGCAAGAUAUUCGCUCAGUGCCACGGGCGAGUGAUCUGGUCUCUUACCUAAACCUGAUCGCAUCUUACAUCACGUCAGGUCCCGGAGCUACCAAGAAACAACCAGAAUUAGAAGCUGAUGUCUUGUUCUUAAUUGACUCUUCUUAUGAAGUCAGCCAAGAAGACCUCGCCAGAGAGAAAGACUUCAUCAAGUCUCUCGUUCGAAGUCUCAAUAUAUCGUCGGAUAGCUCACGUGCAGCCCUGAUUUCCUACGGAGAUCAUGGAUCAAUCAGCUCCAGGUUCAUUGGCCUCAAGAGCCUGACUGACUUUGACAGGUCUGUUGACAAUGCUUCGUAUGUUGGAGGUGAAAGAAGAAUUGAUAAAGCCGUGGAAAUGGUGACUCGGCUUCUGAACGAAGCAGGGGUAGCCUCUUCGAAAGUUGUGAUCUUCCUUACUGCAGGGAGACAGGCAAGUAGCGGGAAGUCUCUCGAAGAUGUCGUGCAGCCUCUUCGUCGCCAUGGUACCAAAACCUAUGUCAUCGCCAUCGGGAAACAAACAGACCUCCAGGAAUUGAAACCGCUAGUUAUCUCUCCAGAAGAGGUGGUUACAGUGCAGUCAUUUACUGAAUUAAGCAUUCAAGAAAACCGGAUUGCAAAUCUUAUAACUGAGAGGGCAGGUUCCCUGAGUCCGGAUAACAUCGCAGACGUUGUUUUCCUCUUGGACACAUCAGAUGGAGUGAACUCCCUCAACUUUAAAAAAGAAAAGGCAUUUGUCAAGUUACUGGCCAAACGUUUAAACGUAUCCCCAGGGAAAUCUCAGGCUGCUCUUAUCGCCUUCGGUUCUAGCUCCACACUGGCAAUUGACUUUAAUAGCUACAACAGCUUCCAGGCAUUUGAGACUUUAGUAGACCGCGUAUCUUCUGUAGGUGGAGCCCGCAGAAUGGACAAAGCCUUCCAAGCUGCUGCUCAAGUUCUUAGAAACUCGCGGUCCUCUGUUCCCAAAAUGGUGGUUCUGUUAACUACUGGCCAGCAGCCCCUGAAUGCUCCAUCUUUAGCGGAGUCUGCAGUGCCACUUCACUCCAUAGGUGCAAUGUUCUACGUUGUUUCCAUCGCUAACGACCUCGAUCGGAAGUACUUUGAAACCUUAGUAGAGGACUCAACCAAGCAUGUAUCCGAAGUGGCCUGGUUUGAUUCACUUAACGAGGUUCUGCCUCAACUGACACGGGGAAUAGAGGAAGGUAUCAUCAGCCGGAAAAGACUAAAUGCUGACGUCAUAUUUCUGAUGGACGCCUCCACAGCCGACAGCCCAAGAUUCUUUCAAAGUCAAAAAGACCUCAUUAAGUCGAUAAUGAGGAGCCUGGGUAACUCAGCAGACAACUUUCGUGCGAGUCUGGUGGUAUACAGUUUUUCAGCAACUGUGUUGGCAGACCUAAAUUCUUACACCACUCCGCAAAGAUUUGAAGAAGUAGUCAACCGGGCAACGUAUCUAAGAGGCGAAAGACGACUUGAUUUAGCUCUGGCCGCUGCGGCACAACAGAUAUCACAAACAAGACCGAAAGCUGCCAAGAUUAUUAUUUUGAUAACUACUGGACUGCAGGCUCAAGUGUUUGGGAUGACGCCACUGGACGAAGCCUCCCAACCAUUACGUGAUGCUAACGCUAAUGUGGUUGUUAUUGGGAUCGGCAAAGAACCUGACAGCCGAGAGCUUAACCUCAUCACAGGGAAUCCGAAAGCUGUGGAGAUCAUCCCAACCCCCGAUGAAGUCAUUGUCAAUGUGCACUUGUUAAGCAAGCAGCUGAGGCAAGACGCUCUCAAGGGAAUGGAAUUAACACUCAUUCACCGAGCAGACCUGAUUUUCCUACUGGAUUCGUCUAAUGACGUCUCAGCUAAACUUUUUAAACAACAGAAAGAGUUCAUCAAGUCGAUCGUGGGAAAAUUCCAGAUUGCAGCAAACAAAUCACGAGCAGCGGUCGUUAGAUACAGCUCAACUGCCAGUUCCGUUAUUAAAUUCAACACCUUUAAUAAUCUUCUUGAUCUGGUGCUGGCAAUUGAAAACAUUCAGUACCUUGGUGGAAGUAGGCGCAUGGAUGCCGCUCUCAAGGAAGCCAACAAAAUAAGAGAAACCGCUCGCUCGGAUGUCCCGACGUAUGUCAUCCUUCUGACAGCUGGCCGUCAAGCCUCUACACCGUUUUCCACACCGCUCGACAGGGCUGCCCAGCCGCUCCUGGACUCCAGUGCGCGUGUGUUUGUGGUGGGCAUUGGCUCUAGACCAAGCGGGCAAGAAUUACGUUCAAUGGCGGAGCACGACAGAGAUGUGUUCCGAGUCCUUCCGGAUGAGUUGAAACAACACGCUCCUUUGUUUGUGGUUUAUAUGGCUUCCCAAGCAGGUGCUCCGCUACCAAGAGAAUUCAAAGCUGAUGUUUUGUUCGUGGUGGACUCUUCUCAGAGUAUAAGCAAGGAGAAGUUUCUUAGAGAACUUGACUUUGUGAAGGUAUUCGCUCGUACGCUCGACAUCUCCCCUGAUAAAUCACGGGUCGGCGUUGUAACGUUCGGUAACACACCAACUCACAGCAUACGAUUUGAAGAAUACACCAGCAUUCAGUCGUUUUCAAGAGGUGUUGACGUCGUACCUUACAUAGCAGGACCGAAGCGACUGGACAAGGCUUUGGUCUUUGCUGCAAGGAUCCUCUCCAAAGCAAGACCAAACGUUAAUAAGAUGCUCGUCCUGCUCACUGAUGGCAAGCAACCUCUCGGACGCGACCCACUGGAUGCGUCUGCUAAACCACUUCAUCAACUUGAUGUGAAAAUCAGCGUUAUUGGAGCGGGAGGAAAUGUAUCAAUGCAAGAGCUUAGUAAAAUAACGUCAGAACCUGGUGACCUGUUUUACUCGAGGACGUUUGGGGGCAUGGUUCUGCAAGUUCCAGCUUUCUAUGAUCAUAUGAUUUCCGCUGGAACACCACAGAAAGUUAGACACGGCCUGUUCCUCGUCGAUUCUUCAGCGUAUCGCAGUAAAAGCGAGUACGAGGGCCAGCUCGACUUCAUCAAGUCAAUAUCUAAGCGCCUUAACGUGUCUCCCACUGGGACACGAGCUGGAGUCAUUUUGUAUGGUGACGACCCACAGUUGAACGUAGGACUAGAUGAUUACAGCACACUCCAGGAAUUUUACUCCUUACUGGAUGAUCUUAAAUUUCAACGCAGUGGCCGGUCUCUCCAUAAGGCGUUGACAUUGGCUGGCGAAACUCUUCAGAAAUCGUCCCAAGCAUUACCAAAAUUCGUUGUCGUUCUUGUGGAGGGGCAGCAAUACCUUUCCAGUUCAUUGGUGUUGCUGCGUAAUGCAGUCAAACCCCUUCAAGCCCUCGGCGUUACUGUUUUUGUCGUUGGAAUUGGAAAUAGGUUGAACAGUCAAGAACUUGUCUCCAUGGUGCAAAAUUCUGAGCACACUGUUAGAGUAACGGGCUUUGCAGAUCUGUUGCGUCAAGUGGAGUCCAUUGCGCAGCUUAUAGAUUUCACCAUAACGGCACCUUGUAAAGAGACCAUUGACGUGGGAUUUCUAAUGGAUGCUUCUGGGAGUGUGGGAUUGGAGAACUUUUCUAGAGAGAAGAACUUCGUGAGGCUGGUCUCCAGACGUUUUGCGGCCACCUCACCCGACACAAGACUAGGUCUGAUAGUGUUCAGUGAUACACCGAAUCUAUUUGUCGAUUUCGGAGACUUUGAACGAAAGACAAUUGACCAGUUCCAAGCGACCGUGGACGAAGUACCAUUCCAAGGAGGAAGAUCGAGAAUAGACCUGGCUUUGCGGGCGACAUCACAGGACCUGUUCACUAACAGAAGAAGUGGCGUUCCCAGAGUUUUGAUCCUCGUCUCGGAUGGACGACAGUCAAAAGAUCCCGGAUAUUACCCGCUGGUUACCGCCAUCAAACCACUUCAGGCUCAGCGAGUUAAAGUCUUAGCUGUUGGCUUUGGAGAUAAUGUUAACACUAGGGACUUAAAGGUUAUCACUGGAAGCAACGAUCGCAUUCUCUCGGAACAAGAAAUUGGCAAUAUUGACAGACUUCAAAGGGAGCUUGUGUCCAAAGCUUGCGUAGUGUAGAAAUAGGACAUUUGAAACAAAGCUGGAUGGAAGAAUCUGGUAGUAGUCGUAGUUUAAGUCAGGAGGCUAAAGGGGUCAUAUCACGCUAGUAAGCUAGGCUAUUAUAGAAUAUCUGCAAAUGUAUUAACCACGAGCUGCAGCUAUAAACAAAUGUCAAUAAAAUAUUUCAUUUGUAUACACA